CAGCCCCCCGAUCCUCUGAACAUGGCAGUCCAUGACGUUCAGAUCGACCACAUAUGGGGUAAUGACGAUGAAACCCAGACAUUCGCUUAUGCGCACGACGGGAAAGGAGCUGCACUUACCUUUCGAGCCUCCAGGGAUAGAGCGCGGCCUCAGAGCCUCGCGAGCCGUAUUGUGGCGUGCUUUCACGAACUCCCCGUCAUGUCCAGCAGCGAGACAUUUUCAGAGCGCGCCGCGAUGCGCACGGCGCUCGGCGAUGCGGCCCGCCAGGCUUGGCCGAACUGCGUAUAUGCGGCUGCGGCACCGGACGCGGUCAUUGACCUCGACGGCGAUGCGGAGGGGCGGAUCGACUGGGUCAUACGAUAUGAGCCUGCGCUCUAUCAGCAAUAUUUAGAAGCGCUCUCGCCGGCCGACUCCGUGCUUAUGAAAGAUGCCAGCUACAAGUACGUCGACCAUCGAGACCUCGUCAUGGUCUACCGCCUGCCAGGGAGAGGGACGUCAGCUGUCGUGCGCCGAGUCUCAACGGCCAUGUCCAAGUCGCUAUACGUCUUGAAAGGCGUCGAUUUCGGAGACUUUCUGACGUCCCCGGACGAGUUCACGCACGACCGGGAUGUCUUCUAUCGCGCGAUCCAGAUCCUCUCCUCGAUGCCACCGCAUCCCAACAUCUUAUCUCCUCCACCGAUCAUCGCCGUGGCCGGAUUGUCCGGAGACGAAGGCAAAGCCCUCGUGUGUGGCACUCUCUAUCCUUUCAUGGCGCGGGGCACUCUAGACGAUCAGGUCACAAGAUGCAAGAAGGACGGAAUGCGCCUCAGUUUGCGAGAUAAGGCGCGCUGGUGCCUACAGAUAUCUUCGGCCGUCGCGCACACGCACCAUACGGCGCACACAUACCACAUGGACAUCAAGCCAGCAAACAUCCUCGUAGACGACCAGGGAAAUACGAUUCUGAUCGACUGGGAGCAGAGCGGGGCGCCCCUAUAUACACUCGCACCAGAAGCAAACGGCGAAUGGGAUGUGGACGAGGUGGGCGGACUAGGUACUCCGUCGAAGCUGGUAUAUACGCAAUAUCAAGGACCGGUGCGGGUGAACCUUCCCAGAGGUCGGCCAUUAUGGAACGUUUUUCCGGAUUGGAGCAAGCGGUGGCCGAAGGCUUGUGAGGCGGCAGAGGUGUUCAGUCUGGGCCGGACCAUGUGGAUGCUGCUACAAGAAGUGCCGCAGGAGGAUGUCGAAGAUCUCGACCCAGAAGGGAUUACGGUUAACUGGAGCGAGGAUGCUGAUGACAUACCGGAUUGCUGGAAAGCUGUCGUGAUGCGCUGCCUAGAGCGCGAUCCUAACGAGAGGAUCGGACUGGUUGACCUAGUGCAGUUCUGGGAGGGGCAGCAGCAGAUCCCCUUGGCUUCUUGUCUACGGCGCAGGAUAAAUCACAAGGAUUUAACACAACGCUGUCUGGACAUUUACUAGAAUACAUUAAGAAUAAUACACCUCUCUAUCGAAU